CCAACUGGCCCGAAGUGUCGCGACAGAAGCAUCCACCCUCUCUCUCUGAGCGAUCCGUUCCUUGUUUGCGCCGCGCCUGGAAGCAUCGGGAAUAAUGACAUCGCAUACCAAACACGCGGUCCGGAACACAUAAGCCACCUACGCAUAAAGGAAGACACGCCCCCACGGGCCAACAUACAUGCGUGCCAAGUCGGGACUCGACUGGAAGGGUGCAGAGUGUGCGAGAAUAUAGGCCACAAGUGCGUUCAAUUCUUACGACAACACUCUCCGCUACAUUGAGUAGCGUGGAGGGGAGACCAAGGCGGAGUGCGCUGACUGCGUCUUGUCAACAACAUGGCGCCGCAGCAUGCUGCCGACCUCGAGGAUGCGCUCAACAAGAAGGGCGGCCUGAACUUGUCGCAACUGGCAAACUACGACGACUGGGCCACUGACGCGCUCGUCGACAAGGUCUACUUCUGGUCCCAUAUUCGCAAGCUCAAGGCUACCUACCAUGGUAGUCGCCAUAUUACUCAAGAGCAAGUGUGCAAGAUCUUGCAGCAAGAGGUCGUCAUUAACAAGAACGCGAAGAAGGCGCAGGAGUUGUUGUUAGGAACCAAGGGCAUCGCUUGCUUUCACCAGGCUCUGCGAACCGAAGAUGAGCGGGAACACUUUGUCCGGCACUUGCGCCAGUACAUCGAUAUGUGGCUACCGGAUUGCCCGUUCGAGGUCUGCACGACUAAUCGCUACACCAUCACAACUGCCGAGGCCAGCGUAGUGGCCCGCAAGAACAUUCGCAAGGGUGAUCAGAUCCGCUAUCUGCGCGGUAUCCAGGUCGAGAUGACGGAGCAAGAGGAGCGAGAGCUCUCGAGUGGCACUGACUUCAGUAUCGUCAUAACCAGCCGCAAGAAACGGCCUUCGCUCUUUCUCGGUCCAGCGCGCUUUGCCAAUCACGACUGUAACUCCAAUGCCAAACUCAGGACCAUGGGAGCACACGGCAUCGAAAUCAUCGCAAAGAGAAACAUCUACACUGGCGAGGAAAUUACGGUGACCUAUGGUACUGACUACUUUGGCGUAGGCAAUUGCGAGUGUCUUUGCCACACGUGCGAAACGAAACAGGUGAAUGGUUGGGAUCCACGGGGCAUGAUCCUACACGAGGAGAGCAGUAGCGAUGAUUCGGGCGCAGAUGACGAGUCGCAAUCUGUGACUCCGAAACAGCGGCGAGCAGAGAGCAGCAGAUCGAAUAAACGAAAACGCGAGGUCGAUGUCGAAGACGACGAUCCUGAUAGUGCCGCGAGAAAAAGUCGGGGUAGGCCGCGAAAGUAUCCACGACCUGACGACCAAAUCACGGAAGAUGGAGAUGAGCCCGACGAGCAUGGCAAUGUGCGCGAUGGGAGAGGUCGUUUCAAACCAAAGGGGAGCUCCUCAGCAAAGUCUACGCCUGCAAGGAGGACCAAGCCAGGCACUCCUCGCACUGUUCCUGUAAAGUCCCGGCGUUUGGCCCACAAGAAGCCAAAAGAUCCCGACGAUCCGUUAAUGGAGAGGAUCUUCCGUUUGCUCGGAGACGUCGCCGAUCGCACCGAUCGCAAGCGGCGUGGACUUGCUGCGAGUGAUCCCAUUCACAUAACGCUACCAGAAGGCUCCGAGGUGGCAAAGGUGGAUGAGAAACAAGAGCGGGACAAGGAUCAUGGCGAUGAUGAGGAGGAGGCUGAUGAAGACGACAGUGACGACAAGGUGCGAGGUGUGGUUGAAGUCAAAGCUGAAGUCACAUCCAACAACCGCACGGUGAUCCGUGGACGAGGUGGAAUGUUCGUCAGGAAGACAGCCCUGGAGAAAGCUGAAAUGCGUGAAGCAAAGGCCAGUCAGAAUACUGCUGCGGCUGGCCCGAAGUCGAAGCUCCCCUCGAUCAAUAAGGAGCGCAAUUCGUCGAGCUUGCGCAAUGUGGUUAGCGCUGACGAUUCGAUCUUCAGCAUCCCACCAUCGCCGGCAGGGCCUGAUGAUGAGCAGCCACAGAGACGUGGGCGCGGCCGACCUCGAAAGCAGCCCCGCGCAGACAACGACUCCACAUCGCCGUCUUCUAUGGGAACCGAUAACUCAUCUGCUUCGUCCCUGGCCUCCAGCGCUACAUCCUUGGAAACAUUCGCAAAUGGCAACAUCGCACAGGGCAUCUGCGACAUGCUCACCACUGAUAUUGCACCAUUGGGGCAUAACGUCCAGAACAUGCAGGUUGCAGUCACCACGACCGAGACACGGACUCGCGACACCGAGUCAAGCAGCCGAGAAGAAGAUUCUGAAACGCCUAAACAAGAGCAGACGGUCACUCGCAGGAGUAUACGAGGCGUUGUGGACGUGACCACAGCUCCUGUCACGAGUAUCGAGAAGGAGGAAGAAGAAGACGACGACGAUGGCAAGGUGCGACGCGGCGAGCCUCGCACUCCAGGAGACUACCAUUUAUGUCGUGCGCUACUUGCCACGACUUACCAUCGGUGGGUGGAGUGUCGCAAUUGUGAUGAAUUCUUCGUCCAAGAAGAGGCUUUCUUGACGCGUAUUGCAUGUCCUCGCUGUGAACGCCACAGCAAGCUGUACGGCUUUUACUGGCCGAAGACUGACAAAGAAGGCCCGCACGACACUCAAGAGCGGGUCUUGGACCACCGGACGAUCCACCGAUACAUCGAUCCCGAAGAGGAGCGCCAGGAACGGAAAGGCCGAAAGACAUUGGCGGAGCUUCUUCGCGAGAAAGAGCUCAGCGAGAGCAGAGCAAGCGAGGAGAGCGAGUCGCCUGAGCAGCCCACCAAGAUCACUCGAAGCCGCCAAUUGCGCAUCACGAGCAGGCUGGAAGAGCCCACUCCGGCGCGAAGCGAUAGCAACAGCCGGAGAGCCAAAGCUGAUCGAAUGACGAUGUAAUGUGAUAAUAUGCCACCGACGUGCCCACGACAACAGAAGAUGGCACGAAAGACACGGCUAGCGGAAAGAAAGGAGGGCAGGCUAAGAGAGAAGGUGGGUGUGCGGAUGCAUAAAUAAUAGCAUUACAGAUGGGACUUUAGGGAGGAGAAUGCUGUAUCAUUCCUCCGCACGCUCGCCGCACAGAGAGAUGCGCAUGGCAUCUUUACCGGCGAGCCGCCAGCCUCCCGUGCACUGCCAUGCGAGACGCUUGAACAAGUGGAGAAAUGCAAGCACUUCGGCUGUACUAUCUACAAUGGUCACCGCUCUUCAUCUUGGUACUGCAUGCUCGAUCUCGCGGGAGCAUAAUUAUGAGUAAACCUACCUUCUGUAUUCGUACGUAAUGUCAUUAAUGCGUGCGUGCGCGAUAUCUUAUGCCAC